AUGAGCUGCCUCAAAUGAUGGACGGUGUGGAUGUCACACACAUCCCAGUGGGCUCCACAGCUCUUUUGUUGCCCGGUCUCCUCAAUUGCAGGAAAUUCGAAUCUCACCAGAACUCUUCACACACGCUGUGUGUUCGGUCAUCUCGACGGACACGCCUCGAUAUUUCCGAUAUUCUCUCGCUAUUUCCCUCAAAUGACCCUGGUCGUGGCUCGUUUCUUCUCAUCUUAGAAGAAGGAAAAAAGAAUGGCACUUUCUUUCCCAAAUUACUCUUCGUCUUCCCCUUCUAAUCUUCCGUCUCCUUCUUCAUUCAAGCAUCAUCAACGUACAACACCUUCUUCGAUUCUAUCCUCCCAGAACUCCUUCCGCCAUCGAUUUCUCAAAUGGGUCUCCAUCCAAUCCGCCAAAAAUCAAAACCUCAAUGCCGUUUGUAUGCAAGAAGCAACAAUUGCAGCCUUACCUUCAAAUGAAACACUCAAGAAAUUGAAAGAUAGGUCAUUGCCAUUUGCACCUCCGGAGGAAUGCGGAAAUGUAGUUGGCUUUAGUACUGGCAAGGAGGAAUGUACUGUCAGUAUUACUGUGGUUGGAGCAUCUGGGGACCUUGCAAAGAAGAAAAUAUUUCCUGCUCUUUUCGCGCUUUACUAUGAAGAUUGCCUACCCAAGCAUUUUACGAUCUUUGGUUAUGCUCGGAGUAAGAUGACAGAUGCCGAAUUAAGAAACAUGGUUAGCAAGACUCUUACAUGCAGAAUUGAUAAAAGGGAAAAUUGUAGUGAGAAGAUGAAUCAGUUUCUUAAAAGAUGUUUCUACCAUUCAGGUCAGUACGAUUCCGAGGAGCAUUUUGUGGAGUUAGACCAGAAGUUGAAAGAACAUGAGGCUGGCAGAAUCACGAACCGGCUUUUCUACUUAUCAAUUCCACCAAACAUUUUUAUCGAUGUGGUGAAAUGCGCUGGUUUAUCUGCCUCCUCUUCCAAUGGUUGGACAAGGGUCAUUAUCGAGAAACCCUUUGGCAGGGAUUCUGAAUCAUCUGCUGCUUUAACGAGAGGCCUGAAGCAGUACUUAGAGGAGGAUCAAAUUUUCAGAAUCGACCACUAUUUGGGGAAGGAACUGGUGGAAAACAUAUCUGUACUCCGCUUCUCAAAUCUUCUUUUUGAACCUCUAUGGUCGAGGCAGUAUAUAAGGAAUAUGCAGUUCAUCUUCUCAGAAGAUUUCGGCACUGAAGGCCGAGGAGGCUAUUUUGACAGUUAUGGGAUUAUAAGGGACAUAAUGCAGAACCAUCUGCUUCAAAUACUUGCAUUGUUUGCCAUGGAAACUCCUGUCAGCUUGGAUGCAGAAGAUAUCAGAAAUGAAAAGGUGAAAGUUCUACGAUCUAUGAGGCCGUUGCAACUCGAAAAUGUGGUGAUUGGGCAGUAUAGAAGCCACACAAAGAAUGGUGUAACAUACGCAGGUUAUGUAGACGACAAGAUGGUGCCUAAAGACAGCCUCACUCCAACAUUCGCAGCGGCUGCCCUUUUCAUAGACAAUGCAAGAUGGGAUGGGGUGCCAUUUCUUAUGAAAGCCGGGAAAGCAUUGCAUACUAGGAGGGCAGAAAUCAGAGUACAGUUCCGGCAUGUUCCUGGCUCUUUAUACAAGAAGAGUUUCGGGAAGGACCUUGAUCAAGCGACUAAUGAGCUUGUUAUUCGAGUGCAGCCUGAUGAGGCAAUUUAUUUAAAGAUCAAUAACAAGGUCCCUGGUCUUGGGAUGAGGUUGGACCGCAGCGAUCUGUAUCUUCACUAUGCAGCAAGAUACUCAAAAGAAAUACCAGAUGCGUACGAGAGGUUGCUGCUUGAUGCGAUCCAAGGAGAACGGCGGCUGUUCAUCAGGAGCGAUGAGCUGGAUGCUGCAUGGAAGCUCUUCACGCCAUUGUUGAAAGAGCUGGAGGAGAAGAAGAUCACUCCCGAGCUCUAUCCUUUCGGAAGUCGUGGGCCAGUCAGAGCUCAUUAUCUCGCUGAGAAGUACAAUGUCCAGUGGGGCGACCUUAGCACUGAGCAUGUUCACGGUUGACAUUUUUUAUUUUUGAUUCAUUUGAGAUGUAUGAGAAUAAUUUUCAUUCCACUUGUAUGGACGAGUCAAAACCAAGGGUUGAGAUUUCUUUAAAACAAGGGAGAGAGAUUUGAUUCUUUGGGCUUCUGUAAUCAGAGAUGAUAAGGGAGAACUGAGAAUUUUGGCCGCAUUUGUUUAAAUUGUUUCCCUUUUCUAA